AUGCCGCCCGAAGCCGGCGGCGAGGGCAAAGACACGCCGAAGGCGAAGCUAGACAAGGGUCAGAAGACCUUCAAGGAGACUAAGGGCACCAAGUCUCAAGUCUUCCAGACGGCCGCGGGCCAGGAAGGACAACAAGCAGAGGAAGUGAUGCUGGCCGAAGCAGAGGAGGAUCACGAGGCCAAGGCCAGCACAAAGAAGAAGAAGAAGGAUCAAGCCAAGGGAGACGAUGAGAAGAAGGGCGGCAAAAGUGAGAAAAAGCUCGACAAGAAAAAGCAAGAGGGAAAGGAUGACAAAAAAACCGGCCUCAAAAAGGGAGAAGUUAAGGGAAAGACACCGACAAAGAUGGGUGCAGGAGGAGGGGAAACAGAAGGGGAAGAAUCAGUGCACGAUGGCGGGAAAACCACGAAGCCGUCUCGCGGCCGCAAGCGUGGCCGCACCAGAUCCGCUCCCAAAGACAAGAACAAGAAGAUUGAGGGCAAGCAGGGCAAGACGACCGCAAAACGCGCUGGAUGCAUCUUCCCCGUUGCUCGCAUCCACCGGUUCCUCAAGUCGUACAUGGCAGCAAGGUGUCGAGUCGGCGGUUCUGCCGGCAUCUUCACGGCUGCUGUCAUGGAGUAUCUGGCAGCAGAGGUUCUGGAGUUAGCUGGCAACGUGUGUGCGGACUACCAUCUCAAGCGCAUCACGCCGCGGCACUUGCAGAUUGCAAUUCGCGGUGAUGAGGAGCUUGCGCGCUUUGUCAAGGCAACAAUUGCUGGAGGUGGCGUCAUCCCGAACAUCAAUCAGUCCUUGUUCCCCGACGUUCGACUGCGCGAGGAUGAAACCUACAAGGCGAGCAAGUCCACUCGACGACAGCUUCGCAUGGAUCCUGGUGCCGAAAUGACUCCACGUACGGACAGAGACAUGCACAUGCCAAGCUCGACGCAGCCCACUCCCCAAACGGAGGAGGAUGACGACAAGCUGAGCCAAAAAGACAAAGACGGCCCCGAUCCCAAAGAUCCGAAGACAAGUGCCAGGAAGGACAAAGAUCCAAAGAAGACUUUGAAGAAGGGUGGAGCAAAGAAUGUAAAGAAGAAUCUGAAGCCUGGGGAGAAGGACAAGGGCCAGUCACCUGGGCCCAAAAAAUGA